GAUGCGCGCGCAGGCGCUGCGGUUGCUCUGGGAGAAGCGGCUCCGCUUCAUUCAAACAGGCGGAGGGAGCGCCGGGCGGAGAGGAUUCCAAGGAUUGUAGCAUUGAUUAACUGCUCCAUGCACUGUAACCCAGGACACCAAUGCAUUGAGAGAGUUGACCAUGUGCAGUACUGUAAUGCUGUAACCACGCUUGAACAGUUUAAAGUGCAUCAUCAAUUUCUAAAAAUAGAACAGAAUAAAACAACUCAUUAAAUUGACUCAACCCAGAGGAUACAAAAGACAAAGAAACACUGAAAACACCACCCAUUGCCCAUAGAGGUUAAAUUGAGCAAUCGUCAUUGCAGCCAGGGUCAGUGAUUAUCAACACUAUACCAAAGGAAAGCUGGAAACACCACCCACCUCCCCAAGGGGCUAAAUUGAGCAAACUGUCGUGGCAACUGGGGACAACGGCUAUCGACGCUUCACACCAAAGAAAAGCUUCUCUGAUUCUGAAGAAAAGAAAAAUCCGGAGUGAAUUUUGACAUUGUGUUUGGGCUGCUUAUCGAGCCUGUGGUGGAGCGACAAACAGGCCAUUAUUAAACCAUCACCAAGGAAACCACAGCUGUGCAACAUUACGUAGAGAGAACACAGGAGGCAUCCUGAGAAUAUUUCAUUUCAAGAACUAACUUAAGCUCACCAUCAAUAUUUCUGACCUGUUUGAAUCUCAGAUUUCUUCAAACUUUAAUGUACGUUUACCAAAAAAUACAUUUUCCCAUGUGUUAAGUUGCUGCAAUGGGGAAAUCCAACAGUAAGCUGAAGCCUGAAGUUGUAGAGGAGCUGACGAGGAAAACAUACUUUACUGAGAAAGAAGUCCAACAGUGGUACAAAGGUUUCAUUAAAGACUGCCCCAGUGGACAGCUUGAUGCUGCAGGCUUCCAGAAAAUCUACAAACAGUUCUUCCCCUGUGGAGACCCGACUAAGUUUGCUACAUUUGUCUUCAAUGUCUUUGAUGAAAACAAAGAUGGAAAAAUUGAGUUCUCUGAGUUUAUCCAAGCACUGUCAGUAACAUCAAGGGGGACUCUGGAUGAAAAACUGAGAUGGGCUUUUAAACUGUAUGACCUAGAUAAUGAUGGCUACAUCACCAGGAACGAGAUGCUGAACAUUGUGGAUGCUAUUUAUCAAAUGGUGGGUAAUACAGUGGAACUUCCUGAAGAGGAGAACACGCCAGAGAAACGGGUGGAUAGGAUUUUUGCCAUGAUGGACAAGAAUGCUGAUGGCAAGUUAACCCUACAGGAGUUUCAAGAGGGAUCAAAAGCAGAUCCAUCCAUUGUCCAAGCGCUUUCUCUAUAUGAUGGCCUAGUAUAGUCCCUGCCACCUCCCUUGCGCCAUGAUGCUCAAGGAUGAACCAUUUUGGUGCCAUUUGAACGGUUCUGUGCAGCAGCUCGAUGGUCCAGCAGUCGCUCACCUUCACCUAGAUGUGAACAGGAGUGCACGGGUGUGUGCAAGCUGAGCUCUUUUGCUUGUCUCCAUUUGCCAAUCUCAGCUUAAGAACCUAAAAUGUUUUUUUUAGACUUGAGAACUCUGCAGUAGACACACGCCUCCGUUUUUUUUUGGAAAGACUUGAUCGAAAGGAGUAUUGAUAAUUGCCUUUUUGUACGAUUCGAGACUGAAUUAAAUUGUUCUAGCUGUGAA